GUCUCCCGGCAGCAGCAGCAGCAGCAGCGCACGGACGGAUCUGCGCGUGCAGGGGAGCGGCACACGCUGACCCGAAUCUCCAGGCAGACAGAGGAAGGACGAGCGGACCUGGACGCGUGCUCUGGACGGGUAUCAUGGCUGGUGUAUUUUGAGUCAGUCCUCUCUGAAUAAGAGAGAGCUUUCUGCAUUCAGAGAACUGCGGAUGUGUUGUUGCGCGUGGUGAUUCUGGGCUGUCCUGUCAGUUGCUUAUAAGCGGAGAACGUGUUGCGUUUUUGCUCUCGCGAACGCCUUUAUUAUCACCCCCUUGUUCUCUAAGGUGAUUAUUAAGACUUUAAGUCCAUGAUUCGACCAGGAAAAUGGGCUGUUGCGUCUGCGAGACACAGCUGUUUUAGUCAGACUUGACAGCCGCGGAUUUUAGCGCUUGUUUGUGUCGCUUGUUUGAAGGAGGUUCGAGAAGCGCCGCAGGGAGAUCCGUGACACCCUUUCCGCGACACCCCCACCCAUAUUUAGCGGAUACUUUUGGAUGGGGGGUAAACAGAGUACGGCGGGGCGGCCCAGGGGAGCUUUUCCCGGUGUCUCGACUGAUGACAGUGCGGUGCCACCCUCGGCCCACUUCGGGCACUACCGGCCAGGUGGCACGAUGGGACUGCGCAGCCGCUCGGUGAGCUCCGUGGCGGGGAUGGGCAUAGAUCACAGCGCCACGGUGCCCUUCGGGUUUUACACCCCCAGGGGAACAGACUCGGACAGAGCCGGAGGGGGGUCUGGCUCAGAUCCCGCUCAUAGCGGGAAUGGAUACCAAGAAACGGGCGGCGGGCACCACACGGACGGUAUGCUUUACCUGGGGCCCCGGGCGUCGCUGGCAGACACGUUGCCCCUGCACAUCGCGCCCCGGUGGUUUAGCGCUCGUAGCGGAUUCAAGUGUCCUGUCUGCUCCAAAUCAGUGGCAUCCAAUGAGAUGGAGGUUCACUUCAUCAUGUGUCUGAGCAAGCCCCGCCUCUCCUACAAUGAUGACGUGUUGUCAAGAGACGCAGGAGAAUGUGUAAUAUGUCUGGAGGAGCUACAGCAGGGAGACACCAUCGCUAGACUGCCGUGCCUCUGUAUCUAUCACAAAAGCUGUAUAGACUCCUGGUUUGAGAUCAACCGCUCCUGCCCUGAACAUCCUUCAGACUGACCUCCAUCAUCUACUUCUGAUACCACUGAGAAAGGGCACUUUAUGGACCUAAACCUGGAUAUCCUGACACAAAAAUAACCAAAUAAAUCAAUCUACCAACCAAUUCGAUCAAAGCCUGUGGAAACGGAAAUGUGUCAUCGCAAAACUGAACCAAUCAAAAGCGUUCAUCCAGCCAACGCCGUCAUUACCACUUGCAGAAUCCCAGAAUCUCCUGCCUGCUGUGCUAGAGACUGCUAAACUGCUAACCGGGCCCCUUCACGGCAAAACCACCAACACUGGAUCUCUGGCUUUGGAAAACGUCUCGCUUUCUUGCCCCCUCGACAUACUCUGUGAACGUAUCGACUUGUGUGUUCAGUCUGUAUUCUGACCAGUGCCUCUCUCCUUGUGUAUGUUAUCAGAUGGAAGGAGAUGGGGAAGAGGGGGCGGGGCAACACAUGGGGUGGGGAGACAAAAUGGGCAGGGCAUAUGCAGAAAACAAAUAGUAAGUAGACCACACUUUGCAAAUCGAUCCAGUGGCCACACCUGUCCUGUCAAUCAAACGAAGCUGAUUAGAGGGGUGUGGCAGGGGCGCGGUUUCAUACCUGGUUGGUGGGAGGAGUUUUGUGUGUGCGAUUCACUCGUUAGUGAUGUGUUGGACAGCCGGUGGACGUAUAUUUAGUUAUUCUGUGUGUGCAUGUCUGUGAUCAUGUGUCCACAGGCGGGGAAAUGUGUAAAUUGUGUUUCCUGUUAGUGCCAGAGGAAGUCCAAGACAUCAGCAUGUGCAUUGUGAUGGGGUUUACGGUCAUAAAUGGAGAGAAAAUACACUCUCGGUCUGUCUUCAAAUGUUUACAAUUCACAUUAGAUGUCUUUCCCCUAAGGAUUCAGAAAUGAAAAGAAGCUCAAAGUAAUUUUCCUAGUUCCAUCUGCAAUUUUUUGGGCAGUUAUUAAGAAGCGCUGACCAUAAUAUUCAGACAGUUUCCCUGUGUGUGUGUGUGUGUGUGUGAUUUCAGCUUCUGUCCAUCCUCCCAUGUUUUCUCUAUGUGACCGACCAGCUUGCGUCUGGUAAGCUAAUGUUGCUUCACUACUGUAUGUAAAGCCCAGAUAUACUGGUGUGGAUCUAUUACAAGAUCAUUUCUAUGAUCUGCAUUAACUUUUUAUUUUUGAAAAAUCUGUGAGAAACCUCACGAGAGAUCUAUUUAACCUUCAGGAUGCCUCCGUCUACUGUAUAAACAGCAAGCACUGUUAGAAAAUAAUGUUGCUGUAAUUGUAAAAAAAAAAAACAUUUAAAACAAAUGAAAAGGGGAAAGGAGUAAAAUGAAAAAAGGUAGAAAAAAUAACCGCAAGAAAAUAUAUGACAACCUAUUACUUUUUGUGUUGGAUUUUUUUUUUUCUGCUUUGUGCCUGUAAAUGAGGGCAUACAAACACCAUCCAUCAAAACAAUGGAUAACAAUUUCUCCUCACCUUUUAAAACAAAUCAAACAA